UCCACUGACCCCGCCCCAUCCUGUAUGCUAGGGAGGGAACCGCUAGUAGAAGCUGAGAUGUGAGUGGGAGCCCCACCCUCAGAGAAGAUGCUGAACCUGGCCGGCCAGUCUCUGUUCAUCCCCUGUACUAUGUCCGCAGUCUCUGGUCAUCUCCUGUACUAUGUCCGCAGUCUCUGGUCAUCUCCUGUACUAUGUCCGCAGUCUCUGGUCAUCUCCUGUACUAUGUCCGCAGUCUCUGGUCAUCUCCUGUACUAUGUCCGCAGUCUCUGGUCAUCUCCUGUACUAUGUCCGCAGUCUCUGGUCAUCUCCUGUACUAUGUCCGCAGUCUCUGGUCAUCUCCUGUACUGUGUCCGCAGUCUCUGGUCAUCUCCUGUACUGUGUCCGCAGUCUCUGGUCAUCUCCUGUACUGUGUCCGCAGUCUCUGUUCAUCUCCUGUACUAUGUCCGCAGUCUCUGUUCAUCUUCUGUAGUAUGUCCACAGUCUCUGGUCAUCUCCUGUAGUACAUCCGCAGUCUCUGGU